GUCAACAUAUCUCACGUCAUUCGGGACUGGUGCGGCGUCGAUAACGCGAGAUCGCGCGAGAUCAUGAUCCGGUACGCGCGCAUGGCGAGAACGAUAUCUCUGUCGCUGUUUUAUUCCGGUUUCUUCGCCUUCACGUUGUACAUGCUGCGACUUCUGCCCGUUCUGAACGCCAACGAGAGACCGUCCUACCUGCCCACGUCCUGCGUCUUCGAGUCCGUUUCCAAUCUGCAAUAUGCGCUCGUCACGUUGUACCAGGUGAUUCAGUUGUUCAUUGCUUACGCCGGAAAUUGUUGCACGGAGGGAAUGUUCGUCGGUGUCACGCUCCAUCUGUGCGGACAGCUCGAACUGUUGAUGAUCGGUUUUCGGCAAAUCGAUCGGCGCAGGCACGAGAAAACCAGCCUCGUCGAGGACCUCGUUGUCAGACAUCGAGAACUGUUAGGACUCGCGGAAACGAUCGAGGACACCUACAACAUAAUUAUUUUGACUCAAAUCUUCACUAGCGCCAUUCUGAUAUGCGUGACAGGCUUCGGACUCAUCGAGUCAUUGCACAUUCACGACACAGUCAUGACGGUGAAGAGCGUUGUGGUGAUGAUCGUCAUGCUGCUGCAAUCCUUCUUGUAUUCGUACGCGGGCGACAACCUGAGAGAUCAGAGCGAGGCGCUGUCCUUCGCCGUUUACGACAGCAACUGGUGCGACUUCCCGCCCAACGAGAUAAGAGAUCUGACAUUUAUCAUGAUAAAGACGAACGCGCCUAUUCGACUUACCGCCGGAAAGUUUUUCUAUGUCACGCGUGCUACUUUUACAGAUAUUCUGAAAACCGCGGUGUCUUACCUGUCCGCGUUGCGAGUUAUGAUCGAGAAACAACGAACGGAAACUUAGCACAGUCGCAAUAUGAUUAUAUUCUUCAAAGAAAGUACUUAUAGAAGUCACAAAAUCCUCUUUUGCGUACAAGGAAACUAAUUGUAUGAUGUAAAAUUGUUUCAAAUAAGAAUUAAUCAAUGAAUCGCAAAAA